AUGGGGCAAGCAGGAUUGCUGACGCCAAUCCCUAGUAUCUACAACAAUGUGCUACAAGAGUUGAUGGUUCAGCAACACUUGAUGAGAUACAAAAGGACAUAUAGAUAUGAUCCUGUGUUUGCCCGGUUUGUUACUGUCUACGAUCAGCUGAUGGAGGGGUAUCCUAGUGAUGCAGAUCGAACUGCCAUCUUUGAAGCUUACAUCAAUGCUAAUGAGGAUCCAGAGCAGUACAGAAAAGAUGCACAGAAAUUGGAGGAGUGGGCUCGUGCCCAGACAUCUGCUUCAUUGGCUGAGUUCUCAUCUAGAGAAGGUGAGAUUGAGGACGUCUUAAAGGAUAUUGCCGGAAGAGCUGGUGGUAAUGGAAGUUUCAGUUACAGUCGGUUCUUCGCAGUUGGCUUGUUCCGUCUCCUUGAAUUGGCUAAUGCAUCUGAACCUACUAUCUUAGAGAAGCUUUGCUCGGCGUUGAAUGUAAACAAGAAAAAUGUGGAUCGGCUUGAUGUAUAUCGCAACCUCCUAUCGAAGCUUGUACAAGCUAAAGAGCUGUUGAAGGAGUAUGUGGAUAGAGAGAAGAAGAGAGAGAGAGAGAGCAGCAGAAAGAAACUGAUUUUUGAAGAAGAUAAAUGCAGUGUAUGGGAUUCUGAUUUGGAUCCAACUGAGUUUGUAUCCGACUGA